CUAGUAUCCCAACCAGCCAAAUGCGCGGCAACACAGCACUCUUCAAUGUAUAUUAAGAACCAACCAUUAGGUGCGGGGAGCCAUAAAAAACCCUAGACCAGUCGCCGACGCAGGAUCUCGUUGACGAACAAUGGGUAUUGAUCUUAUCGCUGGCGGACGGAGCAAGAAGACGAAGCGCACCGCUCCGAAGAGCGACGAUGUUUACCUCAAGCUUCUCGUCAAGCUCUACAGAUUUCUUGUACGGAGGACGGGGAGCAAGUUCAAUGCUGUGAUCCUUAAAAGGCUCUUCAUGAGUAAGAUCAACAAGCCUCCUCUCUCUAUAAGGAGGCUUAUAAACUUCAUGAAGGGAAAGGAAAAUAGUAUCGCGGUGAUUGUCGGAACUGUGACGGACGAUAAGAGGGUGCACGAAAUUCCAGCCAUCAAGGUGACGGCUUUGAGGUUCACAGAGACUGCUAGGGCAAGGAUUCUUAAGGCUGGAGGAGAAUGCCUCACCUUCGACCAGCUUGCUCUUAGGGAGCCUCUUGGACGGAACACGGUUCUUUUACGGGGACCUAAGAAUGCUAGGGAAGCUGUUAAGCACUUUGGGCCUGCACCUGGUGUUCCGCACAGCCACACUAAACCCUAUGUUCGUUCCAAGGGAAGAAAAUUUGAGAAGGCUAGGGGCAGAAGAAACAGCCGAGGUUUCAGGGUCUGAGCUCUUUCCUUUCUGAAUGUGAAAUCAAACAUUUUUCUAUUAGUAAACACUAUAUUGUAUUUGGCAGUUUUUCAGGUUUUUCAAUUUUUAUUAGUAUGAUAUUUUGAUGAGUUUUAUUGCCCUGUUCGUUUUGCUUUGAUUUCAAUCAUGGUUUUUAGUAACACAUUUGUUGUCAAGGGCUACCUUAUUUUGUGUUUUAUUUAUUGCGACUAAUUUCAUAACCUUGGUCAAGCCUCCAUUCGGCAUUAACAUAUUGUGAUUGGAGUUUUUCAAUAAAUGCUACAAAGUUCUUCCCAA